GCAUUGGUCGCUUAAGUGCAUAAGAAAAAGUGAGUCACGUGUUAACGAUAGUCAGAAAUUUUGAUCAGAAAAAAUGGAGGCGCUGCUAUUGAGGCUCUUACCUCUGCUAACACUACUCCUUUCUUUCCUAGUGUUCUUCUAUUUCCAAGACUCAUCCACGCUAAAUCAGAAGCAAUGCAGCCUGCUUCCUUACCAACACUAUUGGAUAGCAAGCAAGCGCAUUGUGACACCUCAAGGGGUCAUUUCUGGACUAGUUGAGGUGAAGGAGGGGAAGAUUGCCUCCGUUGUUAAAGAAGAGGAUGAGGAUGGGAAAACCAAGUUGGAGAAUGUAAUUGAUUAUGGAGAGGCUGUUGUCAUGCCUGGCUUGAUUGAUGUGCAUGCACAUCUUGAUGAUCCUGGACGAAGUGAGUGGGAAGGAUUUCCAUCAGGGACUAAAGCUGCUGCUGCUGGUGGUAUAACAACCUUGGUUGACAUGCCUCUAAAUAGCUUUCCUUCCACUGUCUCUAGAGAGACUUUGGAGCUCAAGCUUAAGGCUGCGGAAAGCAGAAUUUAUGUUGAUGUUGGUUUCUGGGGAGGCCUUGUCCCUGAAAAUGCAUUCAACAAAUCUGCUCUUGAGGAUCUCUUAAAUGCCGGUGCUCUUGGUUUGAAGUCUUUCAUGUGUCCAUCAGGGAUCAAUGACUUUCCUAUGACAAACAGCAGUCAUAUUAAGGAGGGUCUGUCUGUACUGGCAAAAUAUCGAAGGCCUUUACUUGUACAUGCAGAGAAACAACUAGAUCCUGAAGCUAACUUGGGAGUCGAAGAUGGUAGUAAUGAUGCUCGUUCCUAUUCGACGUAUCUUACGACUAGGCCACCUUCAUGGGAAGAGGCAGCUAUAAAGGAUCUCGUUACCUUGACAAAGGACACAAGGAUCGGUGCUCCUGCAGAAGGAGCUCAUCUUCAUAUUGUGCACUUGUCUGACUCAAGCUCUUCAUUAGAUCUUAUUAAGGAAGCAAAAAGUGGUGGCGACAGUUUAACUGUUGAGACGUGCCCCCACUACUUAGCUUUCUCAGCCGAAGAGAUUCAGGAUGGAGAUACUCGUUUUAAGUGUUCUCCACCCAUCCGUGAUGCUGUCAAUAAGGAAAAACUGUGGAACGCUUUGUUGGAAGGGGAUCUUGACAUGUUAAGCUCUGAUCAUUCUCCAACAACACCCGAACUUAAGCGUCUGGAUGAUGGUGACUUUUUAAAGGCUUGGGGUGGCAUAUCGUGCUUGCAGUUUGUUCUUCCUGUGACAUGGUCGUAUGGCCAGAAAUAUGGAGUAACUUUAGAACAAAUGGCUCUGUGGUGGAGUGAAAGGCCGGCCAAGCUUGCUGGACAAAAACUAAAGGGGGCAAUUGCAAUCGGAAAUUAUGCAGAUAUUGUAGUAUGGAAUCCAGAUGUUGAAUUUGACCUUGACGAUGACUAUCCAGUAUACAUUAAGCAUCCGGGUAAUUCAGCCUACAUGGGAACAAAGUUAUCUGGAAAAGUCUCAGCUACUUUUCUUAGAGGAAACCUUGUCUUCAAAGAAGGGAAUCAUGCUCCUGCAGCCUGUGGUGUUCCGAUUCUGGCAAAAUAACAACUCGAAUAAUUCCAAUCAUCAAUCAUCUCACCUAUUCAAGUUUGUGACCAAGGUGGCUCACUUUCAGCAAUUCUUGGCACUACAGGUCCCAUUGUUUCAUCCUCCUCGGCUUGACUGCAUUCUGAUAGUACCUGUUCAUACAAGACAGCUCUGAAUAAUUCCACAAGAAUGAGAAUCUAACUCCCAGUCUGAUAUCAGAAUCGCCCUUCCACAUCCACUAAUAAUACUGUAUGCAUGUUAAAUAAUAAUUUGAUGCCACAUCUCCAGGCAAUGUAAAUAGUGCUUUCCCAAAUAUGUAAUCGACAGUUUGAUGUAAAAUUUGAUCUUGAAUCCAAUUGCAAUUGCUGGUGAA